AAUAUGGUGCGUUGCGGAUCACGUAAAGUCAAUAGAAUCGGUUUUGCAAAGCGUAAACCCAACCCAGCUAAAACAUCUUACCAUUUUUAGCUUCCGCCAUUCUGCCACCUCUUCUUCUCUCCCUCUGAGCGAGGAGAGACGAAGAAGAAGAAGGAGGAAAGCAAGAAGCCCCAAGUAUUGUGUGCUUCACAACUGUAAAUUAUCUCCCCAACCUCCCUCUACAUCUAGGGUUUCUGCUUCUUCCAAUGCUACGCUGUCUGUUUCUCUCCUCGGCAUAUUCUUUUUACGCGCAUUGCACUGAAAUCGACAGUUUUUUUAUGUGGAUUCUGAUUCGCCGAUUUAUCGUUGAUUUGAAGGAUUUUUUCAUAUAUUAAUUUUGGGAUACAUAUUUGUUCUGUAUAAAAUCGAGCUGGUAGCUAUGUGGCAAUGCAGGUGGAAAAGGAAUGAAUCACUAUCUGGUUGGUUGGAUAUUUUGGCUGUGGUAGGUGAUAUAUGUUAGCAAUUGCAAGAAAAGAUAUCCAAGGUAGUUGUUAGUACCAAUGGUAUGUUCUAUAGGAAGUGGGAGAAUGGCAGUCAUGGCUAGGCUUCUGGCCGCAGGAAGUUUAUCACAAACCAUAGGAGUACUGCAAUUUGGCAGAGGAGCUUGGCCAACAGAAAUUGGCUACUCAAUGCAUUUAUAGAGAAUUACACGAGGCAGAUGAAGCAAAUUUGCUUGAUGAAGAAGAUAUGCAUGUUUUUGGUUUGGAACCUAUGACUGAUCCUUUGGAUUUGGUUUGUUGUAAUGCUUGCAAGAAACCAGUGAAGACCAGUCAGUAUGCAGCUCAUGCAGAACUUUGUAGGUCCUUAAAUUCUACAGAAGAAACCACAUUGGAGCUUGAUGGUAGUGUAGGGCACAGGAAACCUCCACGGAAGGAGAGAAAAAAGUUAUUAACUGCUUAUAUUAACCAAGCAACACCAGUUGCCGAGCAAGAAAGGUAUGUACCUAUAGAUGCAGAUGAUAGGGCUGCCUUGGAAUCUCAGUUGGAUGGGCAACCUGGAAGGUCAUCUUCCUUCUCCGUGGAUAAAAAGAGAAAUCCUGCAUGUGCGGAUGUGGCAUUUAUGGUGGAUGGUAAAGGAGAAAGUCCUGAACAUACAGGCUACUCAGCCUGUGUAAUGCCACCCCCAACAAAACGAUCUAAACUUGUAUCAAGUCAGCAUCUGUUAUUAUCAAAUGAUCCUGAAGCAGCUUCUGGCCUAACAAAAGUCAUGAGUGCCCAAGAUAGUCUUGCCAUCAGGGAUUUUCAAAUACAGUCAACGUUGUGUAGCAACAUGCCAAAUGAGUGUGGUGUUGUCUCUAAGUUCCCUGGGAAAGCUAAUAAAAAGUUCCUGACAAAAGAUAUUCCAGUUCCCCUUGCUACAAAAAUUUAUUACUCUCAGAGGAACACUCGCCUUCGUUUGGCUGUUGCUCGAAUGUACCAUUCAGCAUCAGCUAAGGGGAUAAAUAGUAAUGUUGUGAGUCCAGAAGUAUCACAGGAAACCAUAAUUCAAUUGCAAGCUUCAUCCUGUAAGGGCAAUUCACUUGUGCAAGUAGAUAAUUCUCUCAGCAAGAAGAAAGAGCCUUCUGCAUGUAAACCUGAUCAAAUUCUUGCACAAAGCUCAGAACUAUGCUUGAAUAAUUCAGGAGGAUGCAUGCCAGCCACUAGCUUCUCAAAUCCACUUCCAGUCAACAACAUUUUAAGGCCUCAGACUGCUCCUUUGGGAUUGCUCAGAAGCAAAUAUCUAUCAGAGCCUUAUUCUUUUACAGGCAACUCUGGACAAUCUCUGGACACCAGGACCAUGCAGCAAGCAAGUGGAAGUGUUCCCGUUUUGUAAGGAAUCUUCAUAUCGAGGUGGGAGUUUUGGUUAGUUGAAGGUGUAUUUAGUAAAAUACAUGAGGUUAGGAUAUAUUUUUGAAACUGAAAAAGCAACAUUACCAUAAUUGUUUAUUCUAACCUUCUGCAAUUCUGAAUCAUGCUUGACUUCCGACUCUGUUAGUGUUCAUACAUACGGAAAUAAAGAGAAAAUAUCACUUAAUAUAGUCUUGAGACUGCAGCAAUAUUCAUAUGAUCAUCCUAUUCAAAUGGGUUAGAACCUUAUGUUGUUUUAUGAUAUCUCAUGUAUGAUCACAUUAACUGAUUUUGAAGACCAUGGCAAAAGAAGUUAGUUGCCUGUGGUUAAUAAAUGCGUCUCUGGUCUUACAAGUGAGGUUGAGGGUAUGAAGCAAAUGCUUGCUGCGAGUGCUGAGUGCAUUUUGAUUUGGUGCAAGCAGAAUAAUACAUGUGAUUGUAUCUUACAAAAAAUGGAGUCGUUUUAGCUGUGGCUUGAUGAAUUUUGGUAAGGUGGGGACUUGGCCCUCCAAUUCAAAGGAGUACUCGAGCAAUGAGAUUCUAGCGGGCAUAAGUUGGUACCAGCAAAUAUCUUCACCUUCAUGGUUCAGUGGAUUAAGUUUGUGAUAGCUACAGAUUUGGACAGUCUCUUUUGUUCGUGCUAGAGUUUGGUUUUGUUUGUUUUUUCGAAACUUGCAUAAUUGCAAAACGGUUUCUAAAAGAUUAUUUAAGAAAAAAUCUGCAACUUGUGAUCA